AUGGAUGCAUUGUUCGGGCUUGCCCGGCACAGCGAUGCCAAGCCUGAUGAAGGCAACAACAUGUCUUAUGAUAUGUGGGAGACCAUCUGCAACAGCUGCGCGAAAUUUGGAAGCAACGUCGCCUACGCUACAAGUGAUGGGCCUGUAACUUACAAGGAGGUUUUCGAGAAGGUGAAAUGCCUGAGCGUUUCCUUGGGGCAGAUGCUUUCGGAGUUCGAUUUCGAGCAGUCCCAGCCUUCCUUCUCGGUGCUGAUGCCGAACUGCCCCACACACGUGGACCUGUUUUUGGCAGCGGCCGCGACACGAGCCAAGAUGGUGUGCCUGAACCACCGGCUGAAGCUGGAAGA